GAACUUAUCCAGUAGGUAAUAAUGAUGUUACCUUACCGUUAUCCUGUGCACUAAAACAUCUCAAAGAGUAAAUCUGCUGCUGUGUCUGUGUUCAGGAUCAGAAGACGGACCCGGCGCAGGGUUUAGACUUCCAUCCCUGCACCCUGCCGCCUCUGAGACGAGCCAAAUCACUGGACCGCAGGACCACCGAAUCCGUCAUGACCCCAGACCUGCUGAACUUCAAGAAGGGCUGGAUGGUGAAACUGGAUGAACAAGGCCAGUGGAAGAAGUAUUGGUUUGUGCUGACAGAUCACAGUCUACGAUAUUACAAGGAUUCGAUUGCUGAAGAGGCGUCUGAUCUGGAUGGAGAGAUUGACCUCAGUACCUGCUACAAUGUUACAGAAUAUCAAGCUCAACGGAACUAUGGCUUCCAGAUUCAUACUCAAGAAGCAGUGCACACGCUCUCUGCCAUGACCGCGGGAAUACGCCGCAACUGGAUCCAAGCGGUUAUGAAAAACGUCAGGCCGUCCACUGCGCCAGAUGUUGCUAGCCUGACGGAUGAACACGCUUCCUGCGGCCCGUUUGAGAGUCUCGCCCGGCCUGACGUCACGCAGGACUCCCUGUCCUCCGAAACCUCGGUAGAGCGGGAAGGUGGAUUGAAGAAGAGCCGAGCGAGGGAACGGAGGCGAGAAGGACGCUCCAAAACGUUUGACUGGGCCGAGUUUCGUCCCAUCGCCCAGGCUCUGGCGCAGCAGAGAGCACACGAGGCCGACACCUUCCAGGCCGAGCUAACCGAGAGAAACAAGAGGAGGGAGGAGAGGCGGAGGAGGUACGAGAGCGUCACCGGCUCCUCCUUCGAUCCUGCCGCUGACAUCACAAAGAUGGACUUCGAGAGUGGGGGCGUGGUCCAGGUAGAUGCUCCGCCCCCAUCGGAGGAGCGGCAGCAGAGAGUGGAGGACGAGAUCGAGCAGCGCUGGCAGCAGGUGGAGAAGACGCCCAUCAGGGAGGAGAGGCGGGUGCCUUUGCCCUCCACACAGCACAACAGAGACGCAUCAGAGCUGGAGAACCUCCUCGAGAGCUACAGGAAAGGGGUCGAGGAGCUGAAAGCUCAGCUGGAGAGCUGUCACCAGCAGUUAAUGGACUCCAAUCAGCACAAGCUGGAGCUGGAGGGUCAGCUCAAGAACGCUCUCCAGCGCGAACAGCAGAUCCGUGCCGGUUAUAUUUCACCGGCGACGUGUGAACGAGGCUUCGCCGCCAUGGAAGAGUCUCACCAGAAAGUGAUCGAUGAGCUGCAGAAAAAGCACCAGCGGGAACUGGAGAAACUGCAGGAGGAGAAGGAGCGACUGCUGGCGGAGGAGACCGCAGCCACCAUCUCUGCUAUCGAAGCAAUGAAGAAUGCACAUCGGUCGGAGCUUGAGCGGGAGCUGGAGAAAACGCGCAAGGCCAACAGCAACACAGAAAACGCAGACAUCGAGGAAAUCCACAAACAGCACGAGGAAGAGCUGAUGUCGUACCAGAGGGAGAUCGAGGUGUUGUCGGAGCAGUACUCGCAGAAGUGCUUAGAAAACGCUCAUCUGGCCCAAGCGCUGGAGGCCGAGAGACAGGCGCUCCGACAGUGCCAGCGGGAGAACCAGGAGCUCAAUGCACACAACCAGGAGCUGAACAACCGUCUGGCGGCUGAGAUCACGAAGAUGCGCUCGAUGGCGAGCGAGGACGGCGGGGACGCUGGCGGGGGCAUGCAGGGGAAGGAGCUGUACGAGCUGGAGGUGAUGCGGAGGGUGAAGGAGUCAGAAGUGCAGUAUCUGAAGCAGGAGAUUAACUCUUUAAAAGAUGAGCUUCAGACUGCCCACAGAGAUAAAAAAUAUGCAACGGAUAAAUACAAGGACAUCUACACGGAGCUGAGCAUCGUACGGGCCAAAGCGGAGCGCGAUCUGAGCCGCCUGCGCGAGCAGCUGCAGCAGGCCCAUGAUGCACUGGGGCAACCCGCGCUGGAGGACGUGGAGCGCGGUGGAUACGAUAUCAUGAAGUCAAAGAGCAACCCUGACAUUUUAAAGAUGGCGGCCGCCGCGGCCAAACGCUCCGAACGCACCAUGAGGUCAAAGAGUCUGAAGGAAGGUCUGACGGCGGAGCAGAGACUUCACCUGCUCGACAACAAGGACACGAAGGACUUCUGACACGGCCUCGCUGCAUGCUAAUUAAGAGUAUUUUAGCCCAGUAAUUAAUCACUUAGAGACACACUGGUCACAGCGUAUAUUAAACAUGGUAUGAAGUUUGAGUUUUAUGUCUAUAGUCAUGCACUUCAGUUACUGUGACGUUAUUGGUUUGUUUGCAUUUGCAUUGUCUUAAUGUAAAUACUUCGUUUUUAAUGAAGCAUCUAUCAUGCGUACACUAAACACGACUGUGUAAGCUACUGUUUUAACUCUUUAGUUUGUGUGAGUGUUUCUCGACACUACAGACUGCUCGCGUGUGACGCUAGAUGAGCUGGGUUUGCACAUUCCCUCCGGCUCUUUAUUGUUAAAAUAGCUGCAUUUAGUCGAGGCUUGCAUCAUCACCCGCUGACCUUCUGCGGCGUCUCCGGAUGCUCGAAACAAAGGAGCAUUUCUGAUGACCGUAAAACACACGGGAACAGACCUGGGAGGGUCGACAGAAUAUUAACAAGUUUAUAUAAGCUUGCCGUUAUAAUUAAUGGGAGUUUUGUUUUUUUUCGAGCUGAUGAAGUCUGUGGUGUCGUUCAGUGGCAGUCCUUUGUAUUUAUUUAAAUGUUAUGAAUUUUUUGUCUCACAUUUCCAUUCGUCUAUACAUUAUUGUAAAUAUACCGCAAAUGUACACGAACUGACAACAGGUUUAUUAGCAAUAAAUAUUUUUGCACCCUC